AUGCAGCCUUCGGCCCUCAACGAACGGACUCGAGGAGCUCAUGGGCGCAUCAGCAGCGGUUUGGGUGGCAAUUCGAGCUGGGGAAUGAGCGACAUUUGGAGGAACAAUAUGGAUGACUCUGUUGCGCGGUCUACGAUAGAAGGAAUCUCUGGUUCUAGCUCCCUUCUACCAUCAUCUGAGUCUGAUGGUUGGGACAUUCGGCGGAACGUCCCCUGGCCGUCGAGGGCACAAGGCAAUGGGAUGGCCACAUCUCCUGUCCAGAAUCGCUCUAAUGACCUUGGUGGUGUUCUCGUGGACGGCAACGACGCCUCGAGUUAUUUUACACAAUCAGUUUCGUCUACUUUGGGUCCGUCACCGGGAACGGGACAAGUGACUUAUUUGGAUUCUGGCUCUGAGCGGAUUUCUCCUGCAGGAGAAACGAGCGCUAUGGGGAACCGUGUUCUAUUUAAUAAUAACGACAGAAGGAGUGUAGGCCUCACCGGUACCGCUGGCACGGCGGCUUACCCGGCACAAUCAGGAUUCGCAACACCCUUGGAGAGCGCAAGGUCAGAGCACAAGGGGACAAUGAGUAUGUCUUCUAUGCAGACACUGGCGGAUAAUAUCCAACGAGGGCAAAUCCGCAAUGGCUAUGCUCAUUCAUCUCACAAUUCGACUUCCAAUGCUUCUCAGAGACCCAACCAUGCCGCUUUCCCCUCAUUUUGCUCGGAUACUCCGUUUCCCAACCGGUAUGGGAACAAUCCUACGGAGCUGAGCACCAGCCUCGAAAGAAUGCAAAUGAGUGAGACACCCAACGCCACAAGCCGUCCACCUUAUGUGUCUCACGCGUCAUUGGAUACGUCGUUAUCCCGACUGAGACACCAGGUUUCACGCGACGAGGAUAGUUACCAAGCCGCACAAGGCUACGGUAACGAGUUCCUUCCGCAGAACCCCGCGCUGGCGUACCAGAUAGCGCAAUCACCCCACAUCAGAGAGCGAGAUAUUGUUACAUACGGUGACUAUCCUCUGAAUGGAGCUUAUUAUAACGGACGUCCUGCUGGUUCGAACUCCGGGGGUCGUUAUCGGCAUGGUUUCGCCAAUAAUGCCCAAGAGAAUCAGCUUCCAGGGUUGCAGGGUAGACUGCGUGAAGAUAUACCGGUGGAAUCACCCUACCAAGUGUCCCAUAUGCUCGCACGUCAGCGACAGUUCACUCCCGCCUAUGAUUAUGGCUAUCAAUCUCCGGCCGCUCUGGCAAGCAUCUACCCUGUGGCGCAACUGAAUGCGACAGCUCUCACUACCCGUCUUCCCUCUCGUGAGCACGGUUCUCCUCAAGAAUCAUGGGGUCCUGUCCUGGCAGAUUUCAGGCUGCACGGCAAAAAUAAGAGAUUUGAGCUUAAGGACAUAUAUGGCCACAUUGUAGAAUUCAGCGGUGAUCAGUACGGUUCUCGAUUCCUGCAGCAAAAAAUCGAGACGGCCAACAGCGAUGAGAAGGACCGUGUGUUCCGCGAGAUCUUGCCCAACUUCCUGCAACUGGCCCAGGACAUCUUCGGUAACUACGUCGCCCAGAAACUGUACGAACAUGGCAACCAGACACAGAAAAAGAUGAUGACGGAGGAUAUGAGGUCGAAGGUUGUUAAGUUAUCCCUAUCCCCGUAUGGCUGCCGCGUGGUCCAAAAGGCUUUGGAACACGUUCUUACCGACCAGCAAGCCUGGUUAGUGAGAGAGAUUCAGCCCCAAGUCCUCGAGUGUGUUGAGAGCCAGCAUGGGAACCAUGUGAUACAGAAAGUCUUCGAAUACGUUCCCACUCAGUAUACAAAAGGCUUGGUCGACUCCUUCAGGGGCCAGGUGGAGAGGCAAUCGACUCACUCUUACGGGUGCCGCGUUAUCCAGAGAAUGCUUGAAUUUUGUGAAGAUGUUGAUCGCAGAUUCAUACUUGCUGAGAUUCGUGCCUGUGCUCCAAGGCUUAUUGAAGAUCAGUAUGGCAACUAUGUGAUUCAACAUAUAAUUCAAUCUGGCGAGGAAGAGGAUCGGUCGUUCAUGAUUGAGAUGGUCAAGCAAAAGCUUCUCUGGUAUUCGAAGCACAAAUUCGCCAGCAAUGUUGUCGAGAAAAGCAUUGAGUUUGGAAAUGAGGCCCAACGCCAAGACAUCAUCACGAGGCUGACAGCAAAGACGGAGGGCCAUGAAACCCAGCUCAUUGAGUUAAUGGCUGAUCAAUACGGGAAUUAUGUGUUUCAAAAGGUUCUUGGUCAUCUCAGUGGCGUGGAGCGGGCUGCGCUUGUGGAUCGCAUCAAACCGUUGCUGGUGCAUCUAAAGAAAUCUAACUGUGGCAAGCAAAUUGCGGCGAUCGAAAAGCUCAUUGGAGACUCGAGUCCAAGUCCAAAUCCUGCGAUUCCUGCUUCCAACCAUGCUUCAUCGACCACACCACCCAACUCUCACAAAUCUUCCCCGCAGCCUGUGAAGCGCGCAGUUGAAGAGCGCUUUGUGGCGACACCACCCACACCACCACCGACCGACAACCAGAGCAACGGCGAAGGCACUGCUGUGUCUGCUGAGCUCACUGGCCCCAUGCAAUAA